GAUAGCUUCAAUUUCGAUUACCCACCCCUGAGCCACAGGGCCUUACCUUCUGAUGCCAGUUUAGGGUGCAUUAUAUUAGAUCACCUCGUUUUUUACUCUUCUGAGUCUACAAAACUGUUGUAAACCAUGGCCGACGACGAAUUAGAGGCUAUAAGGCAACAGAGGAUGGCGGAGCUUCAGGCAAAGCACGGGAAUGCUUCAAAUAAUCAACAAGGAGAGGAGGCCAAACAAAGAGAAACGGACAUGAGGAAUUCUAUAUUGGCUCAAGUUCUUGACCAGUCUGCCCGUGCCAGAUUGAGCAACCUUGCUUUGGUGAAACCGGAGAAGGCCAAAGCAGUUGAAAACUAUCUCAUUCAAAUGGCUCGUUUUGGAAAGUUAGGAGGAAAGAUUUCUGAGACAGGUUUAAUCGAGAUUCUAGAAAAAGUCAGUCAGCAGACAGAGAAGAAGACAACGGUCAAAUUCAACAGAAGGCGGGUGAUGGACUCUGAUGAUGAGGAUGAUUAAUACGUUGGAACAUGAGGCCUGAAAAGAGCCAGGACAUUCUUUACUGGGACUUUGAUAGCACCCUUAUCUAACUGAAUCCUGAGAUGCCACACUAGAUUCUGUGUUUCUGGAUACUGUAUGCCAAGAAGGAAAACCAACAGAGUGGAGUAAUCAAUGUGGCAUAAGUGGUGGGGGUACAUACACACAGGCUCAUUUAAGGUGUUCUUUUAAGAUCUCUAUUGGUAAAGCUGUGCACUGCUUAUGAUUACCCCUGAUGGCUCAUGGUGCUGUUUGACUCCACCAAUACUUCUCAAUAGUUACUUGUUUUUUUUAUAUUUUACCAUGGAUUCUGCUCAUCAAACAAACACAUUCAGAUAAUAGGCGGCUGUCACAUUUAUUUGGACUGUUCUGUGAAUACAUUACACAGUCCUCUAUUAAUGGAAAGCUUCCAAAUAGUACUGACAUUUAUAAGGUUUACUUAAAAGAACUGACAAAAGCCUUAAAGUUCGUCUGGUGAACAAUUUCUACAAUUAUCAGUUUUCAUAUGAAUGUCCUGUUUAUUUUCUUUCUUCUUUUCACAAAUUCUGUUCCAUUGGGUAAAGGCACACAGUUAUCCUGGUUGUGAGUACACUCAACACAAGAACAGAAAACUUGCAGCAUCGUCCCACAUUUACUGAACUUACUGUCUCUUUACUGAGGAUUGACUAUUUUCUUGAAACAACAAUCUCAAAUAUUGGACUUCAUGUCUGAAUCUAGAGUUAACCGAUUCCCAAAUGUAUCCCAACUGCUUUUAAAAUAAAAGGCAAAAAAAUAA